AUGGAACAUCACCAAGAAGAAGUCAUACACAAACGGGAUUUAAAAAUUCAGAAGGAAACGCGAGACACAGAAAUAAUGAGAGACCCACUUGCCAUUUCUCAGACGUUUUUAGACCGUCUCCAAGAAGAAGAUGGAUCAUUAAGAGAAGUCGAUGAAAUGAACUUAAGAACCAAAAUGAAAUAUAACGGGUGUAAUGAAGACUGUCGGUUAGUUGUGUGGGAGAUAGUGGCGGGGCUUCGGAAAUUGUCAACAAAUAAAAGCGAAUGGGAAGAGCGACAAAAGUCAAUGCAAGAGGAGUACAUCACUUACAAAGACCUUUGGAAGAAUGGGGACCAAAGCUCGAUGGACAAAGACACGUUAGAUUUUUACUUAAAAAACAAAGACAUCAUCACAAAAGAUGUUCUUCGCACUGACAGAGAUGUUGCCAUGUUUAAAGAUGUUAAGAGUGAAGAAACUAAAAUCCUUCAUGACGUUAUCACAACGUUUUGUAUAUCGCAAAAAGUUGUUUAUGGACAAGGGAUGAAUGAUAUUCUAUCCAUUUUAAUGGAAGUCACUACAGAAGAUUACUUGCUGUACUAUUUGUUUCAAUUUACUUUAAGUCUGGUACAUGACAUCUAUGGAGGGAAUGGCCCGAUAAGUACUGAAAAAAUGAAAGGUGUUGGUGUUAUAAUUGAAGUAGUAGAUCCCGAGCUUGGAGAGUUUUUUGAAACGAUGAGACUGACGUUUGAAUUUAUAGCGAGGUGGUUACUGAUGUUAUUCAAAAGAGAGUUUAAGAGGAAUUUAGUCUUGAGACUGUGGGAUGCAUUCUUCGCGUUUCCAGAUGAGCGACUGUUUAUGUUUGUGGCUGCAGCGUUAAUGGUGGAGAACAGAGACAACUUCCUUCGAGCUGCGCCAUCGUUUGAUGAAAUAUAUAUCUGGACCAUCAACAACGAAAACAAAAUCCCACUCGACGUGCUGUUCUCAGCAGACUCGCUUCUCACAAAGUUCAAGAAGACAGCGACAGAAGAACAGAAGGCUAUUGUUUUUGUUAAGUAG